AUGAUCACAGAUGAUGGCCUGCCAAGUUCCGGACAGUCGCAAUGGUUGCAGGAGCGUGGAAACCAACAUCCACGACUGGUCACGACAUGGCUCUCGCGUUUGGCGCGCAGCUCGCCAGAGCUUGCGCUUCAAGUGCUCGACAAGCUCUGGGCUUUGCGAAUGGAGGUCAACGUCUUUCAUCUCAAUGCAGUGUGCGCGGGGGGUGCUAGAAGCUGGCACUGGCCAACGGUGCUUUUUGCCAAGAUGGCAGACAUGGCGGUUGAAGCAGAUACGGUAAGUUUCAACAGCGCAAUUGUGGCAUUCAAGAGGUGUACGCUCUGGCUGCAAGCCCUCUCUUGGUUUGGCUCUGUGCGUGCUGUCGGAGCUUGGCCAGAUGAGACCAGCUAUUCUGCAGCUAUCACUGCUUGUGAGACCAACCUCAUGUGGAGGCACGUGCUGAACUCCGUGGGCCCGUGCGGAUUGCGCUUGGAUUGCAUGAGUCGGAGUGGCGCCGUGGUGUGUAUGGAGAGAGGAUCCAAGUGGGACUUGGGGCUUUCCUUGACACGUGAGAAAGGAGGCUGGGAUGGUGAGGGUCUGGUGGCCGCAGCUGCAGUUGCUUCGGCGAGCGUGAGCAGAUGGGGUACUGCAUUUGCUAUUCUGGAGUCUAACCAUCAUUUGGCCGCCAAGAUCGACAUCAUAGCCUUGAACACGGUGCUCAAGACCUGUGCGGCUAAGCUUGGCAAGUGGCCGGCAGCUGUAGCCUGCGUGCAGAGUUUCCACACCAAGCGAUGCAGUCCUCAUGUCUCAAGCAUCGCUGCCUGCGAAGCCCAACUCUGGGCUGCGGCACUCAGCGAUUGCUUCGGACAGAGACUUGCUGGCCGAGCUGAAGUUGCAGCAGAGAAGGUGGCUAAAACAUUAGCUGAAACCUCGCAAUGGUCCAUCAGCAUCCAGAUAUUUAAAGGUCUGAAUUCUCGAGCUGAGAGGUCGCCUUCUCUUGCUUGUCUGGUCUACAGCAUUGCUGGCCGCUGGCAAAAGGCGAUAAGCGCAGCAAGCAUGCUGAGCAUCAGCAAUGAGACUUCGGCCAGAGUGAGUUGCAAUACCUGCAUCAGCGCCUGCGGCAAGGCAGAAGAAUGGCUUCAAGCUGUGGCUGCUUUGCAAGCACUGCGAUCGGGACGCAUGGAAAUGGACAUCGUCAGUGUCAAUGCUGGUAUUAAUGCCUGCAGAAUAGGUGGAUGCUGGCAGGGCAGCAUAUUUUUUCUCGCCGCCUUAUCGCAUUCGGGCUUGGUGGCGGACACUUUCACUCCGACAGCCACAAUCGGCUCUGUCGCAGCGGUUGGAAAGUGGGAGCAAGGCCUCGUGUCGAUGGAGAGGAUGAAGCAAGUGUGGCAGAGUGCCACUGCACUUGGCGCCACAAUCAGCGGCUGUGCCUCUGCUGUGCAGUGGGCAAAAGCUUUGAACCUUUGCCGAUGGCAAGAGGGCAAUCUGGCUAGCUACAGUGCGGCCAUGAGCGCUUGCGAAAAGAAUGGGCUGUGGCAAAAGUCCUUGUCACUCUUGCAACGCAUCUCUGAUGUGGCCCUGUGCGCAGAUCUCAUUGCAUUUGACGCGGCGGUGGCUGUUUUCGCAAAAGCAGAGCAGUCGUUUUCAUUACAUUGA